GUAUUAUCAUCAUCAUCAUCAUCAUCAUUCCCUAACCUGUUCUGGAAUGUUCGAGAGCGCUGCGUACCUGCAGGGCAAGGUCACCGGGAACCUUUCUGUCCAGCUUGCAGGCCUAUUUUGGGGAUGAUGGUUUCCUAGACGGACUCAACAUCACAGCGGCUUACAAGCGGGGGGGAAAUGUGCCAAAUCAGGAUAUGAAAUCUCAGACGAGAGGACAUAUUUUGUGCCUGGUGAUAGCAUCCAGACAGCAGAUGGAUUUUUUUUUUUUUUAUAAAAUUGGCAUUUUAAAAAAGACUUCCAUAUAAGAAACUUUCUUUUGUGGACUCAAGCAACCUGAAUACUGCAUACAUUUUGUACUACUACUGUACUUCCCUGGCUGUUUUUAUGCAGUAGAAUCACAGCAUUCAACAUUUUGAAGGAUUUAACAAAAAAAAAAAGAAGACGAGGCGCGCGCUCACGGCGCUGUUCAUCAGCACCAGCACCCCAUGCGCGUCCCCGCACCGGUAGAGGCUGCCCGAGAUCCCGGGAAGAGGAGAGUUGGAUGAGUUAAAGUUGAGGGUUACGGGGUGGUGAUGGUGAUGAGAGGGGGACAUUCUACAUUCUGAUAUUUUUCCACGCAGAGGGGUGUGGGGGGAAAAAAGGCAGCCUUAAAAUUGAAUGAUGACUUGCAACAUAUUGACUUUAUUCCUCUUCUGUUUGGCUGUGCGGCAUUGCUCAUCACAAGAAUGUGUGGACCCGCUGGUGUCUGGCUUGUACGCAUCGUCCUUCCUGGCCUCCUCCAGAUAUAACUUCCUCUACUCCGCCAAUUUCGCCAAGUUGUAUGGUAGCAGCGGCUGGUCGCCGUCACCCAGGGAUCGACAGCCAUGGCUGCAGGUGGAUCUUGGCAGAAAGUACCGCCUGAGGGCCAUCGCCACCCAGGGCACCUUCAACUCGUACGACUGGGUCACAAAGUACACCCUUCUCUAUGGGGACAGGCCGGAUUCCUGGACGCCAUACAUCAUGAAAGGAGGCAACUCUACCCUGCCUGGAAACUGGAAUUAUUACCAGGUGAAGAGAAAUGUCUUCCAUUAUGCCUUUACCGCAAAACACAUUCGCCUGCUGCCUUUGGCGUGGAACACAGAGAACGGAGGGAAGAUCGGCGUGAGGCUGGAGCUGUUUGGAUGCCAUUAUGAUUCUUAUGUACUGCAGUACAAUGGGGAUGACUCAGUGGUCUAUGAGUAUCCCGGGAAGAGGUCCCGAACACUCAAUGACCACAUUGCCAUAAACUUUAAAACACUGGAGCAGGACGGACUGCUGCUACACAGCGAGGGGGUCCAGGGAGACCUCUUUACCCUUGAGCUGAAGCGAGGACGUCUCUACCUGCAUAUCGGCCUCGGAAGCAGCGUCAUACAUAAAACUGAUGGUCGCACGACUCUGGUGGCUGGAAGCCUUUUGGAUAAUCUCCAUUGGCACUACGUCACGAUCAAGCGAUCUGGUCGACAGGUAAACUUCACGGUAGACAGCCACACAGUGACGGCCAUCUGUAACGGAGAAUUCAGUCACUUGGAUCUGGACAAUAAGUUGUAUGUCGGCGGAGUGAUAGAACCAAACAUGCCUCAUCUGCCCACCACUCCGAAUUUCCGUGGCUGCCUGGAGAACGUCUUCAUCAAUGACGUCAAUAUCAUCUACAAGGCUAAGAGAGAAGAAGAAGACAUCGUCAUACCAAGAAAGAAAAAGAUGCACUUCGCCUGUCGUGACAUUCUCCUCAAACCGAUGACCUUUGCCGGACCCAACAACUACCUGCAAGUUCCGGGCUUCUUCAGGAGGCCACGGAUGUUUGUCAAGUUCAAGUUCCGCUCGUGGGACUACACAGGGCUGCUCAUGUUCACGAGUUUCGCAGAUGACCUGGGUGCCCUGGAGUUGGGUCUAAGCGAGGGCCAAAUCAACGUAACAAUCUUCCAGCCCGGGAAGAAGAAAUUGCAGUUUGCUGCAGGUUACAGGCUUAACGAUGGUUACUGGCAUUCAGUGGAUUUGGCAGCCAGAGAUAACCUCCUCACACUCACAAUCGACGAGGAAGAGGGUUCCCCGCUGAAGAUCACCAACCCCUUCACAAUACGCACAGGGGACCGCUACUUUUUUGGAGGAUGUCCGAAAACCAACAACACAAUACGAAAGUGUGAGACCAAGCUAAACCGCUUCCACGGCUGCAUGCAGCACAUCUUCAUCGACAACGAGCAGCUUGACAUUGACAUUAUCUUGCAGCGACAGUGGGGGCGCUAUGCUGAACUGCUGUUAGGAACAUGUGGCAUCACCGACAGAUGUAGUCCCAAUCCCUGUGAGCACGAAGGCAGAUGCAUCCAAUCCUGGGAUGACUUCAUCUGUCUGUGUGAAAACACCGGCUAUAAAGGAGAAGUGUGUCAUAUGUCUGUUUAUAAAGAGUCAUGCGAAGCCUACAGGCUCAGUGGCAAGUACUGGUCUGGAAAUUACACCAUUGAUCCGGAUCUGAGCGGACCGCUGAAGCCAUUUGAGGUGUACUGUAAAAUGAAAUCCUACAAAGCUUGGACCGUGAUCAUGCAUGACCGCGUGGACGGCACCAAGGUGAAGGGGAGUUCGAUUGACAAGCCGUACAUCGGUGACGUCAACUACUGGAAUGCUACCUGGGAUGAUGUCACGGCCGUCGCCAACACUUCCAUGUACUGCGAGCAGUGGGUGGACUACUCCUGCUACAAAUCCCGUUUCCUCAACACGCCCGACGGACGACCUUUUGGUUACUGGAUCGGCCGCAACAAUGAAAGUCAUUACUACUGGGGCGGAACAUUCCGAGAAGUCCAAAAGUGCGGUUGCGCCAUCAACCAAACCUGCAUCGACCCCAAGUAUCAAUGCAACUGUGAUGCAGACUACAGACAAUGGUACGCGGAUAAAGGCUACCUGGACUUUAGGGACCACCUUCCUGUCAGGAGGGUGGUGAUUGGCGACACCAACAGGACCGGCUCAGAAGCACAGUUCACAGUAGGACCCCUUCGCUGCCAUGGCGAUAGAAACAUCUGGAACACGAUAUCCUUCACCAAGCCCGCCAACAUCACCUUCCCGACCUUCAAGCCGGGUUCCAGUGCCGACAUCUCCUUCCACUUCAAAACCUAUCGAUACGACUCUGUCUUUUUGGAGAACUCGGAUGACCACCUUCGGAACUUUAUUCGGAUAGAGCUCAAUACCACCCAUAAUAUUGUAUUCAUAUUCAUGGUGGGGGACGGCAUCCAGAACGUGACCCUACGCUCCCCUGUACCACUCAAUGAUAACGAGUGGCACUUCGUUCAAGCCGAGAUCAACGUCAAGUUGGCUCGGAUCAAAGUCGACUACCAACCUUGGGCGGUCAGGCGUUUCCCGAGUCAGACUUACGUAACCAUGAAGUUCACCAAUCCUCUUGUAGUAGGUUCACGGAACUUCACCCAGAAACCUUUUUUGGGUUGCCUAAGAGGAUUACGGUUGAACGGUGUUCCCCUGGAUUUGGAAGGGAAGGUGGAUGAAGAACGAGGUAUUAGAAGGAACUGUACGGGACAGUGUCUCAACGCCACUAUACCGUGUCGCAACAGUGGACAGUGUAUCGAAGGUUACGCUUCCUACACCUGUGACUGCAAUAACACCGCCUUUGAUGGCUUCUACUGCCAUAAAGACAUCGGUGCCUACUUCGAGUUGGGCUCCUGGCUGAGGUAUAACGUGCGGAAGAAACCGAUAUCCGAUGAGGCGGCUUGGGCCAACUGGAUCGACCCGCAUUAUGACAAUUUCAGCUUGGGCUACAACGACACGGCGGAUGAUAUCGAGUUCAGUUUCAGCACCGUUUACACUCCGGCUGUGUUGCUCUACAUCAGCUCCUUCGUCCAUGACUACAUCGCUGUGGUACUCAAGACCGACGGUAGCGUAGAUCUGAGGUAUAAACUGGGACUCAUUACCCACAAGUACGAGCUGACUCGAAGGAACCUGGCAGACGGAUACCCGCAUUAUAUCAACAUAACCAGACACAACAGGACCAUCAAAACACAGGUUGAUUUCAUGGAGCCUAUUGUGGAGAAAAUCACUUUAGUGGAGGACGCAAGGUUUGACUCCCCAAAAUCCAUGUUCCUGGGCAGAGUGAUGGAGGUCGGAGACAUUGACUACGAGAUCCAGAGACACAACGCCCCGGGUUUUAUCGGCUGCAUAUCCGGAGUGAGGUACAACGUCUACGCCCCGUUAAAGGCUCUCUUCCGACCCAAUGAAACAGAUCCUCCGGUAACGACACAAGGUUACGUUUCCGAGUCCAACUGUGGCGCAUUUCCGCCGAUCCUCGGUUACGUCCCUUGGGAAGUAGAUCCGUGGUUUACUACCAUAGAGUAUAUAUACAUCCAUGACGACCUUGGCCUGUUUUGGAUAAUAGUUAUCGCCAUCCUGGCACUGCUGUUGCUGCUGGCGGGCUUGUACGCCAUCUACGUGUACGCGUACCAGCAGAAGGGCAGCUACCGCACCAACGAGCCCAAAAACCUGGAGUCCCCCAGCAGUUCCCGACCCCUCACGGAAACACUGAGACGGGAUAAGAAGAGCCUGGCCGGAAUCGAAGAGUAGAAGUGGACAGUGGAAGCUAAGCUAACAAGGGGGACCAAUGGGACAUUGACUUUGGGGAGCACUCGUGUUAUGUUAGUUCAUUUGCAUUGAUUACUUUGGUAUUGCUAGUGGGUUUGACACAGUGGACGGCCUCAAUCAUAUCUGAAAGGGGGGGGGGGGGGGGUUAGCGAGCAUCACCGUCAAUUCCACCAUCCAGCCAAAGGGAUUAGCCACACUACACUAGCUAAUGCAUGUUUUGGUGUCCAUCAGGGAUGUGUUCUAGGUCCCACAUUGUUCAGUACUAACAGGAUACAGAAUACGUACGAUUGGAGUUCUUGACUUUGUAGGUGAUGCCGACCUUGAUGUUACUGGAGAACCAAUCUCUGGAAUCGUCCUCGAUGUCCUGGUUGAAGACUGAAAACGCAGACAGUCAAUCAUUUUUUCCGGAAACUGAUCUCGGUUCAGUGUUGGAACUGAUAUAGGAGUUUAACUUACCUUGUUCUGGAACCAAUGAACCAGUUAUUUACAUUCUUUAGAGUCCUGGUGCUCCUGUUCUUACUUUACGGCUGUGAGACCUCAAUAUUAACCUGUGACGGCAGAUUGUACUCUUUUUGGUACAAAGUCUCCGAGAUCCGAAUAGGAUAAUCUUAUAUUGUGAUCGCCAACUAAGACCACGAAUGAUCCAACUAAUGUUGGGUGUUCAGAACCCAAAAUGAUCACUUCAGGCAUAUACAGUAAACCUCGGAUAUAUCGGAUUCAAUUGUUCCCACUGGUUUUGUCCGAUAUAAGCGAAAUCCGUUAUAUGCGUAUACCGGAAAAUGUCCGUUUUACGCAUAUAUCGGAUUUAUAUCUGGUAUAUGCGUAAAUCGGAUUUUAUCCGUUAUAAAAAGGCACUUCCUUGACUAUGUUUCCAAUGUACAUGGACGCGCAGGCAACGCUGCAAAUGACGUCGUAUAGCGGCCUGUCACGAUUCGGCGAAUCGGAGCACCACGAUGCGGCCAUCCGAUAUAUGCGAGGGAAAUUUAAUGGAAAUGCAUUGGAACGGGACUGGAGAUUUUGUCCGAAAUAGGCGAAAUCCGUUAUAAAAAAUCCGAUAUAUGCAAUGAAUUUUUAUUGGAAAUGCAUUACAGAAAAAUCGGUUCUUUUUUAUCUGUCCGUUGUGAGCGAAUUUCCGAUAUAUCCGAGUCCGAUAUAUCCGAGGUUUACUGUAUGUCCGACACUGCAAAGUUAGCCCAAUUAAAAGGUUGAAAUAAUUUAUGUCAAAAUUUUGAAGCAACAUUUUCCAGCAAUAAGCACAGGGUGCAAGUACUUCUACUUGAAACAGGAAUGAAAUAAAAGUACAUGCUAAUUUAGUGUACAAGGUUAUAUUUAGACUAUUUAAAAAUACAAAAAUUACAAAACUUUGUUGUAAAUAUUGCACAGAGUGGUGAACAGUGAACAGGGAUGGAGUGAGGUUCCUAAAGUACAUAUCCAAAUAGAAUAUUGCAAUACCGUAGUUACUUACAUAUAUGCAGUGAUGAUGUGACGUUUAUUCUGUAGUAUGCGCCCCAGAAAAAAAAACACAGGAAGUCAAAAUCCAUGCUUUGUACUGCUUCCCAUGUAAAAAAAAAAAAAAAGGUAACUUUAUUAUAAAUAGCUGGUGAAGGACCACUUGAAGGGGGUCUGGUGGGGUGUGGGGGGGGGUAUAACAUUGGAUGUAAAUACUACAAUACCAUAAUUAACCUACAGAGGUGUGGAAGUGGAUGGAGUUAGCUUCCACGAGGUGUAAAAGUAGAUCAAGAAAAUGUAAAAUUAAUUAAAAAAAUACAUUAUGGAGUCUUGAGAACUGUGGAAAAAGUUCCAAAAAGCAUUCCGAUGAGUUAAACCCACUAGCAAAAGCCAUCAAGGACUAAAAGUCCCAACUCAAAUCACGACCUGUUUAAUACAUUAAAUCAUAUUUUAUUUACUUUUUAACGUUUGAACCCCCAUUGGAUGGGAUCCGAUGCCUGGUGCUGUACAUAGUUUGUAUUUUGCAAUAAGAAAGUCAACCCCCCCACCCCCACACACACUUAUUUUUGCCAGUCGCCAACAAGUCUCACUCUGUCCUGCAGGGUGAAAUACUGAAGUGCCUCAUCUGAGCAAGCUUGACCCCCCCCCUUAAGUAACUAGAUAUGAAAAUUAAUUCUAACUUAACCUCCUGAUAUCCGACUGUACGUGAAAGCUAUACCUUCAUUGACGACAAUCUCUCCGUGAUUACUUCAAAAAUAUACGAAAAAAAUAACAAAACAAGACUUGUUUGUGAAUGAAAUAUGCUGGCAAAGAAUGAAUACAAAUAUUACAAGACAUAAAAUACUGUAAGUUUCAAGCAUAACUGUGCAUCACGUAUACACAAAGUACGUGGUAAACAAACAAUACUGUGUUAGUCGUGCUGUACAGUAGAUCGCAGCUUUGCCGGUGGCAGUAUUUACUUAAAAAUAUAAUACUGUAAUAAUAAUAAUAAUAAUGAGGUGGCGAAUUGACGACCAUACUAGGUGCUUUCACUUGCAUGGUUAGCAUAAUUUGGUAGUUUGUAAACAUGGGUCUGUUCCCACCUUGGUGCGGUUCCUUUUCAUAACAAAAAAAAACCCAAAACACCUGACAUUGCAACUUGUAAACAGGAAUUGCUAACAGUGCUAACAAAGACAACAUGCCAGAAACGGUCAUAAUUACAUGGAUAAUGUAGCAGUAGCAGACUGACGUAUAAAAACAACAUGGUGCUAACCGUUUCAUAACUCAAAGCAAUUUGACGUAUGUAAAAUUUAGCCAAACAUUGAACUCCUCCGCCAUGACACCUGCGUGCUUUGUUUGUACUGUACUGUGUAUUUAUUAUCAAUAAAUAUGUACUUACUGUAACUAAUACUAAAAAUACCAUCAGUAAGUUUGUUGCAAAAUUAUUAUUUGAUACAAAAAAAAAAAUUCUGGAAAAAUUACAUAUUUAAUUCUUGAAAAAUAUUUUGCUAUUUUGACUUUUUUUUUGUAAAAUUAUAUUUUUUGUAAAAUAAUGUCAUAAACCCGACUAUUCUUGUAGUUGAAAUGUGAAAACAAACAAAAAAAAUAAUUUACCAGCUAAAAUAAUGUUUAAAGUUGGUUUAAAAAAUUGGUAAAAAUAAGUCCCAAUUAGAAAAAAAAUGCACUUUUUUCUCGGAUUUUGCACAAUUUCAUGGCGGAGACCGAGGAUCUUGGUCUCUAAAAGUUUGGUGAGCACUUCUUUAAAGCUUAAAUUUAUGAUUUCCAAUUCCGUCAAUACCACAACCAUAUGAACCGCACCAAGGCGGAAAGGUUUAAAAGAGAUUAAAAAAGGUGCUAAUGUAUUUUCACCCAAAAUCACUGUAAACGUACGGGUGGGGGGGUGAGGGGGGGGGCAUAAUGGUGUAACGCUAACUUUUUACUGAUAUUUCAUGCGUCUUAUGGUAGCGUCCCAUUCAACUCAGAUGCGACUUUAAGUUUGAGCUUUGCAGUAGCAGUCAUUACUAUGUUACUGUUCCUUUAAGAGACUUUAAUUCCAUUUUGACGUUUAAGCUAGCUUUACAGAAAGCUCAGGACAGACAGAGAAAGUACAAUUACUUGCUCCCUUUAGCUAUUGGAAUGUACAUUUCUUAGUUUCUACUUUUGAAUUGCUUGAUUGUACAGAGGGAUGAUGCUAAAAGUACAAAACUACUGCGUGCGGCUAACAAUGUAUGCUAAUGUACUGAUAGAUGCUGGCAAUGAUAACACUAUAUUUUUGAAGAAUACGCUGUAAAGAUGAAUGUAAACGGCAGGAUUAGGUGUUUAAAAUGAACACUGACAAAAUGUAUUACUGUUAGCUUGUUAGCUUAGCAUCUCACUUACCACGCACUGUCCAUGAAGUGUGUUUGUUUACUUGCUCUUGUCUUUUAAUUUGGCAUGACUCAUGUCUUUUUCUUAGCUAACUUCCUGGUAGCCUAGCUAACUUCCUGGUUGACUGGCUUGCUUCCUGUUUGUCUUGACAACUUCCUGGUUGCCUGGCUAACUAACUGUUUGGCUGGCUAGCUUCCUGGUAGUAUUUGCCAACAACCCAGAUUCACUUCCUGUUGCACACAAUUAAAGGCAAUUUAGGGUGACAAGAGCCUUAAAUGCCCACUAGAGGGGGCAAGAUGUUGUUUAGCCGAGUUCCAUCAAAACACUAAUUCCGGUUUGUGCUCUCACUUUAUCUUUGUGUCACUGUAAAUGUCCAUUAUUAUGAUUAUUAUCAUUAUUGUAUAUAUAAACCAAAUUCACCUCAAUAAAAAAAAUCCUGAAGGA